CAUUACUAGAAAGAAAUAUCUACCUAGACUUUUUGACAAUGGUGGAAUUUUGUGUAUGUUGAAAAUUUUAGCCUUUGAGAUAUAAAAUCACAUCCACACAAAUUUCAGAAUUUUGUGGUACGCUCAUUUUUCAAACCCAAAUUUCAAGAUAUUUGUUCAAGAUUUUGUUGUUUAGUUGAUCCUAUUAUUGUUAUCCUUUAAAAGCGCGAAUGGUGCACACCAUCUGUUUGUGAUAAUGGCAACUACAAGUGCUCCGAUCUUCCAGUCAUGGGCACAAAUCGUAUCGGCUUCUCGUGCUUCAUCCAGCAGUAAUUUAACUGCUUUCGUCGCAAACACUCAUGGUAGUAAACAAUUAAUGGUUUCUCCCUUACAAGAACAUCAAAAAUGGAGGAAUCCGGUGAAGACCAACCGGAAGAUAAGGGUUGCGGCUGUCGUAGCAACUCCUGCCGCCGAGGAAGUUAAAGAAGCAGUUCUUCCCUCAUGGGCGGAUUUCGACAUUGGGCGAGCUCCAGUCUACUGGAAAACAAUGAAUGGCCUUCCUCCUAGUUCCGGAGAGAGACUGAAACUAUUUUACAAUCCCGCUGCUAGCAAACUCGCACCAAAUGAAGAUUUUGGAAUCGCAUUUAAUGGUGGAUUUAAUCAACCAAUCAUGUGUGGUGGUGAGCCAAGAGCUAUGCUACGCAGAGAUCGAGGCAAGGCCGAUCCUCCAUAUUACACCAUCCAAAUAUGUGUUCCUAAGCAUGCUGUUAACUUGAUAUUCUCGUUCACAAAUGGAAGUGAGUGGGAUGGUCCUUAUAAAUUGCAAUUUCAAGUGCCAAAAGCAUGGAGAAAUCGAGAAUUGGACUUCUUUAAUCGGGGUCUCACGGAGGAAUUGAGCCGAGAGGGUGCGUGCGAAAAGGCAAUAUAUCCCGACACAAGCAUUAUCAUUGAUAGAUGCCAAUUGAUGGGUAACUUGGCUAGCGAAGGGGGGGAUCGAUGCGAACUUGAUCUUGUAACUGGUUGCACUGAUCCAGGCUCUCCCGAAUACAAUCCUCUUGCCAAUGUAGACGAUGGGUCAUGCCCACCUUACUCAGAUUCCGAAUCCGAAGAUUAACAUCUACAAUUGUAAUAUUGUCAACAUUAUAAAAAAAAGUAGUCCAUUCAACUGUAGUUAAUAGUCACUUAUCGUUCAUGGUCGUGCCUGUUCUUGUUAAUACAUUCGAAUACAAUAUACGCAAUAAUACAGAACGUUAGGGAAAUCAAGCUUUUUCCCUUAGUCCUAACUAUUUUAUAAAAAAUUUCAUCGUUUAUUUUUUCAAACCAUUCUCCAAAAGUGAUGUCAUUAUCUUAAAACAUAUUUAAACAUUAUUUACAUAGACAACAUUUGAUAAAGUAAAUAAAAAAAGAAAGAGUCCUCAUUGUGUCCCAUUUCCGAGCUUUGGAGACGCAAGGAAGACCUUACGAUCGCCAUUGGAAUUGGGGUCAAUUGUGGGUGUUUUGUGGCUUUUGUCGAUGUAUUUUCCGGCUAUGGAAUCAAAUAACAUGCCCGCACCGAUUCCGACUACCAAAUCGAUGGUGUAGUGGCCUCUGGUGCUCAACAACCUCACAAAUUGUAAUACGUUGAAGAUGUCGAAAAGAAUCGCCAAUUCCGACCUUUGCAUCCUCCUCAUGUCGAGAGAUGCUAUAACUGAUGCAGCUACGUGACCGGAAUAGAAUAGAAAGAACGAUACGUUUCCAACCGGAAAGUCGACGUCGGAACCUAAAAAUCCCUGUAGAUAUAAAUUCUUGAUCAAAUCAUGUUUUCAGUUAAUUUUUUUUAUUUUAAAAGAUCAAUAUUUGAACUCUCAUGAUUAUCAAAAUAUGGAACCGGUUACAAAUAAAUGAGUGAUAUUUUGUUUUAUAUAACUGGAUUUCCUGUUUGAAUAUAAAGUAUAAAUAUUUG